AAGGCCUGCCGCCCGUGCUGAGCGACUCCGAGCGGCAAGCCGUCGUCGCGGCGUGCAGGUUCGUCGACGAGAUUGUCCCCGCCUCGCCGUACAGUCGGCCGCGCUACAUCCAGGAGCUCGACGAGAAGUACGGCAUCGACUUCUUCGUUCACGGGGACGACCCGUGCUUCGUGGAUGGAAAGGACGUGUACGAGGCGGCGAAGCUCGCGGGCAAGUUCCAGACGGUCCCGAGGACCCGACCGAAGGCAUCUCCACGACGGAGAUUGUAGGGCGAUUGCUGCUUCUCACCAGCGACCACCACGAGUCCAUCAUCGAGGAGGACGAGGGGGAGGCGGGCAUGUUCGUGUCGCAGCGCUCGAAGUUCCUCGUGACCUCCCAGCUGAUGCGGGCCUUCUCCUCCGCGCUGCCCAGCGCGCUGCCCUGCGGCGCGGGCGGCCAGGCCGGCGCCGUGCGGAGAGUCUACGUGGACGGUGCGUUCGAUAUGUUCCACGCGGGCCACACGUCCCUGCUGGAGAGGGCCAAGGCACUGGGCGACAAGCUCAUUGUUGGUGUGCACUCCGACGCGGUCGUGAACAAGCACAGGGGAUCGAACUACCCCAUGCUGGGGGGGGUGCACUCGGGGCACCAGCGCACCAGGGAGUGGUGCCAGUUGCCCACAGCUGCGGGGCGCCCGCGGCUUCGCGGUCGGCGGGAGGCGUCCGCGAGGCCCUGGAGCUCCCCGAGGUGCUGCGUGGGCAGCGGGCGCGGCGCCUGCUCGCGCAUGCUUUAAUUCACGCGUGCUCGGUGCGGCAGGCUGCCGCCCAGAGGUCGAGCCUCGCGCGGGGGGGCGUUUCCGGAGGGGGCAGCGCGCACAGCCUGGUGCGGGAGGCCGGCGGGAGCGGAAACGGCGGCGGGUCCGCGCGGCGGGUCCGCCGGCGGAGCGCGGCCGCAAUUCGGGCCGGGCGAGAGGGGGGGACAGGGAAAGUCAAGCAGUGGCGAAGCGUCUUGGCUCGCCUAUAGCCCUACCAAG